AUGGAUCAAGCACUGGCGCGCGCGGUGAGGGAGAAGAAGCCGGUCCCGGAGAUCGACUUCACACUACACACCAUGGAGGAUGGCACUCAGGUCUCCACGCUGGAACGGGUGAUUAAAGAGGUGCAAGCGCCGGCUCUAAGUACUCCAACGGAUGACAUGUUCUGGUCUCCUGAAGAUCCUUCGAAGCCCAACCUCCAGUUCCUGAAACAACAUUUCUAUCGGGAAGGUCGUCUUACAGAGGAGCAGGCGCUAUGGAUUAUACAUGCCGGAACUCAGGUUUUGAGAUCUGAACCUAAUCUGCUAGAGAUGGAUGCGCCGAUCACAGUCUGUGGCGACGUUCACGGUCAAUACUAUGACUUGAUGAAACUCUUCGAGGUCGGUGGUGAUCCGUCCGAGACGAGGUACCUUUUCCUGGGUGAUUAUGUCGACAGAGGUUAUUUCAGCAUUGAGUGCGUUUUAUAUCUCUGGGCCCUGAAGAUCUGGUACCCGAAUUCGCUUUGGCUGCUCCGAGGCAACCAUGAAUGCAAGCAUCUCACCGACUACUUCACCUUCAAGCUGGAAUGCAAGCAUAAAUACAGCGAGCGUAUCUAUGAGGCCUGCAUUGAGUCAUUCUGCUCGUUGCCGCUGGCGGCGGUGAUGAACAAGCAAUUCCUGUGUAUACAUGGUGGCCUGAGUCCUGAACUUCACACUCUCGAAGAUAUCAAAUCGAUCGAUCGUUUCAGAGAGCCCCCGACUCACGGUUUGAUGUGCGAUAUCCUCUGGGCUGAUCCGCUUGAAGAGUUCGGACAAGAAAAGACAGGAGAUUACUUUGUUCACAACAGUGUUCGAGGCUGCUCUUACUUCUUCUCGUACCCCGCGGCUUGCGCUUUCCUUGAAAAGAAUAACCUGUUGUCGAUCAUUCGAGCACAUGAGGCGCAGGACGCUGGAUAUCGCAUGUACCGAAAGACUCGGACGACCGGAUUCCCAAGUGUGAUGACUAUCUUCAGUGCUCCCAACUACUUGGAUGUCUACAACAAUAAGGCUGCCGUCCUGAAGUACGAGAACAACGUCAUGAAUAUCCGACAGUUCAACUGCACGCCUCACCCGUACUGGUUGCCAAAUUUCAUGGACGUGUUUACGUGGUCGCUUCCUUUCGUUGGUGAGAAGAUCACCGAUAUGCUCAUCGCCAUCCUCAAUACCUGCUCUAAGGAGGAGCUCGAAGACGAGACUCCCACAUCCGUAUCGCCUUCCGCUCCUUCUCCUCCGCUCCCAAUGGACGUGGAGAGCAGCGAAUUCAAGAGGCGGGCGAUCAAGAACAAGAUUCUUGCCAUCGGACGUCUCUCGCGCGUCUUCCAGGUGUUGCGGGAGGAGUCUGAGAGAGUCACUGAACUCAAGACGGCUGCUGGUGGCCGCCUCCCUGCUGGUACUCUGAUGCUUGGUGCCGAAGGAAUCAAACAGGCUAUUACAAACUUUGAGGAUGCUCGCAAGGUUGACUUGCAGAACGAGCGUCUUCCACCCUCUCAGGAGGAGGUCAUGAAGAGAAGCGAAGAGGAAAGACGGGCUGCACUUGAGCGUGCCCAAAAGGAGGCAGACAAUGACACCGGCUUGGCUACCGUCGCCCGGAGAAUUAGCAUGUCGGCUGGCUCUGGCAGGUCUCGUCGGCAAAGAGAUGCUCCCCGUGAGAUCCGGGAAGCCUGA